UUACUCGGCAGCUCCCAUUCAAGUAAAAACGUUCCUUGGUGCACUCCACGGAACGAGGUUUUCAAUAUUGCACUGUGCACAUAAACCUCGCUGUGAAAUGUGUCGCGUCAUUGCCGCUUGAGGGGACUGGACUGUCACAAUGCAAGGGCGCUGUAUAUAAGAUAUAGAUUUCGACGUGGGAAAUCCUGAUCAACAUCAACCAGGAAGCAUCGUAACUUGAAACUGGAAAACAUCGGAUGCUGUCAGAUAUCCGUCUGCGCUACAUGCUCAAAACAUUACAAGUGUAAACUGACCUCUUUAAAAUGGACAGGAAGGAGAAUUCCCCUCUUCUUCCAGAAAAGCACGAGAACCGGAAGGUCAGAUCCGUUCCUUUCCUCUGGUGCGCAACAGCAUGCGCAGUGAUCACUUUCCUCGUAGCCCUGGCCAAUGCGUCGUCCACGCCGAUCCUCAGCCAGUAUGUCCACGCCCAAAUCCUCAACGGCUACAACACAAGCACGUCCAACGACGGAAGCUCCGCCUGCGGGGUCAACACGACAUCUACGACAGAUGACCCUUUAGUGAAGGUGCAACAAGAGACGUCCGACUUCCUCCUUCUCCUCGCCGUCGUCAACAACGUCCCUGCGAUCUUCAUCAACGUCAUCCUGGGUUCUAGCUCCGACUACCUCGGCAGGAAGAUGUUGUUCUUCAUCCCUAGCUUCGGUUACUUUCUCCGAUACGUUUUCUGUGUGGUUAUCAUGGCUCUAGAGCUGGAUAUCCAAUAUUUUUACAUAGCGUAUUUUCUCGACGGCCUCGGGGGGUCAAUGUGUGCCUUCCUCGUGGCGAGUUUCGCGUACACGGCUGACAUCACGUCUAAUGGACGGGAGAGGAUCCUGGCAACGUCUGCCGUGGAGGCAUGCCUGGCGUUAGCUACCUGCACUGGCAUGCUAGUCACUGGGUUCCUUAUACCGUUAGUUGGAUAUCUAAACCUGAACAUCAUGAUGACAUGUACGAUGUUCCUUGCCAGCAUCAUAAUAAUGUUCCUCCCUGAAACAAUGGAGAGAGGACCUAACAAGCCGUGGUCUCCUCUGAAGCAUUUCAAAAACGUUUUUGGAUUCUACUUCUUCAAGAGGGGAAACAGAAGAGGGGCCUACAGCUUAAUGCUUUCAAUUUUUCUUUUCGGAGUUUUAAGCGUCCUUGGUCGAUUUGGCGUUGAAACGUUAUACGCUUUAGAUCGACCUUUUUGUUGGGAUUCUGUUCAGGUUGGUUAUUUCGGUGCGCUCAGAAGUGGGCUAACAAGUGUAGGGUCUUUGUUAGCCAUCAAAUUCCUCCAAAGACACGUUCGUGAUCAAACUAUUGCUUUGGUUGGCACUGUAGACGCUGCCUUAGCAUGUAUUUUGGAAGGCUUAGCUACAACCGGAUGGAUGCUGUAUCUAGUUCCGGUGGUCGGCGUGGUGAGUGCGACAACGAUACCCAUCAUCCGGGGCAGUAUGUCUCGCAUGACGUCACCAACAGAACAAGGCGCCAUCUUUGCCGGAAUAGGAGUUGUUGAGACUGUUAUGAACUUGAUAUCGCAGGUUGCGUACACCUCCGUGUAUUCCGCGACUGUUGGUUCAGUGAAGGGGGCGGUGUUCUUCCUCAUGGCGGGGUUAAGUGGGGUGACAGCGGUUUUAAUUAUUAUUUGGAUGGCCAUUACGCCCCGCUUCGAGCACCUGUACACGGUUCAUGUCUCUCCGGCUGAAUCGGCUUCGAAUUCGAAUGAAAAUAACGCCCAUAUUGAUAAAAACACAAAAAUGUAACUGCAAAGGCAGUGAGUAAUUUAACAAAUACUGUUUUUGGAUUUGUGACUAUUUAUUAAAUCUGUCAUGUAAAUUAUAAUUAAUUUAUUAUAUGUUUAAAAAUUCCAUAUACUCCACUGCAUCUGCCAACUUUCACAAAACGAUUCACCAUAUGACUGAGAUGGCUAUGUCCAAAUGGAUAAUGUGAUAGUUUGUUGGGGUGAAGUUCGUAAACGUUUCUCGGUUUUGUGAAACGCAUGUGCACCGGUGAAACCAUAGUGCUACGAACUCCUUGUCGGAUCCAGGAACGCUUAAGGGAGGUAACUUUGCACAGAGACAAACGUGCCAACCACUGCCCUCAUUCAUUCUGAACAUGUACUGCUAAAAAUCAUCGGUUUUUUCUCGGUCAUUCAGUGAACAGAAGACGGUUUUAGGAAUACAGAUGUGGACAUUAUCUCUUGUCCAAUGAAAAACCGCUAUUUGGUCACAUGGAGGACAGUUUUCUUCCCGUAAAUGUAACGCGGACAGUUCGAAUGGUUGUUUUCUUUAAAAUUCUUGAGCGAUACGAUAAUGUAGUACAGAUGAGUAAGACACGCACUGAAACAAACCUUAUGACAGAGUGGCCUUAUGGACUGUCACACAUCGUCUGUCGAUUAUUCAGCACCCGUGAAGCUCCGGGGUAGAAUAGGUCUUCAGCAACCAAUGCUUGUAAAAGACGACUAUGCUUGUCGUAAGAGGCGACUAACAGGAUGGGGUGGUCAGGUUCGCUGAUUUGGUUGAUGCUAAUUUUCGUA